AUGGAAAGUGCGAGGAAGCGGAGGAGAAGAGUGUCGUUUCAAGGUGCUGCUGAGGCGACGGAGGGAGGAGGAGGAGAAGGGGGAGGAGGAGAGGAGGGGGAGAGAGCAGAGGAGGGAGGGCAUGCUCCUGUAGGGAGGGGUGAGGAUGGUGGUGCUAAUGGUGGUGGUUCUGACAUGGUCUAUGAUGAUAGUGCCAUGUUGCCGUUGGUGGAUGAACAAGUGGUUGUCACACAGCUAUCACAGCAGCAAAUGCAGCAGGUAACCCCCCCUUGUGCUCGUGUGUUGACGUGUCUCAAUUCACAGCAGGAGAGGCAACUGCGUGUCACCCCGCCCCAUCCCUCCUCACCCCGGCCCCACCCUUUUUCACCCCGCCCCACCCCUCCUCACCCCUCCCCACCUGCCUUGACUCAGGAGGACGAAGAAGAAGCCCUGGACCUUCUGAGAUGGGUUGCCAAUAGCCAGCGUGACAACAGUGAAGGCGACAGUGCGAGCGAUGAUGAGCAACUGUUGCUGGGAGAAGAUGUAGCAGUGUCUCAGCUUCCGACUGGUGGAUCACAGGAGUUUCUGCAGAUAGGGUCUCAGUUCCAAAUGGGUGGGUCACAGGGGUGUUCUCAAGGGGAGAGGAGGCGGGCAGCAGUGGAGCGAGCGUGGGAGGCAUAUGAAGCAUCUGUGGCGGAGGAGUGUGAGGGGAUUCUGGCGAGUGUGAGGGAGAUGGGGGCGGAGUGGGAAAGAGAGGGGGAGGAGGAGGAGGAAGAAGAGACGGAGGAAGAAAUCGGAGAAGAGGAGUUGGGAGAAGAGUGGGAGGAAGGGAUGCAGCAAGGUGUGGGGCAAAGAGAGCUGGUUGGAGGAAGCAACGCACUAGAAGGGAGCGGAAGAGAGGAUAGGCGGGGGGCGAUUCCUCAAGUGUCAGGAAGAAGCGGAACCGAGGGUAAGGGUAAGUGGCGUGUGGAAGGAGCAGCACGUGGUGCUGGUGGGGAGGGACUGGAGGGUAAUGCAGGAGAGGGGUCCGUGCAAGAGGGGGAGGGUGUGGGAGGGAAGGGUAAAAUGGGGGAUAGGGAGAGAUCAGGAGUGCAGGGAAGGAGGGGCGGAGAGGAGGGAGGGGACGAGGGGUUGGAGUGGAUAAACGAGUUUGUGCGCGGCGAUCUGAUGGCCUGGCAGAUGAACCAGACGGAUGGCGCUAAUGGCGAUAGUGAAGAUGAUGAUAACGAGGAUGAUGAUGCUAGGCCAGAGAGGCAGAAGAAACCCGCGUGUAGCCAGGAGGGAUCAAGGAAAGGAGGGGAGCAGGUGGGUGGGUACAGGACUGGUGGUAGUGGUAAUGGAAGGGUGCACAGUAGAGAGGUGAUUCGAGGAGGCGGUGUAGAGGGCAGUGAAGGAGACAGUCAGCAGGAGAACCGUCAAGAAAUAAGACGAGGGGGCGUCGACCGUCUAGAGGAGUGUCAAGGGGCACCUCACACGCCACUGUCACCUGUUCCUGCUGCUGCCUCCCCACCUCAGCUUCCUGGCUCCUCUCUUCCGUCCCGCCACAUCCCGCAUGUGCUUAAACAGAGGCCUGCAUCCUGCCACUCGUUACAAUCACAUUCAACAGAAGAACAAUUGGUGGAUCCGCUGGUGUAUCACAGGGCGCCUCCCUCGUUGCAGGAGCUGAGGGACACGUGGCAGGCCCAUGGCUUGCCACGUGUGCAGUGGCCUGAUGUGUACUACGGUGAUGUCAGGGACGUGCCAGAGAGGCAUCCUGUUUUUGGCGGGAAGGAGUUCAAAAGUGAGUCCGCGUUUGGAGAUACAUGCGUUUUGUUCAGUGUUGUCGGGUUAUCCUCUCAGCACAUGACGCUCACCUCCCUCCCUUCCUUACUGUCUGUACCCUCCUCUGUCCAUCCCCCAUCCCCAAUUCCCCACCACCCAACAGUCCUCUCAGCACACGACGCUCACCUCCCUGCCUUCCCCUUCUCCCCCUUCGGCCCUCGCUCCCACUCCACCUUCAACACCGCCCCGCCCUUCCUCACUCUCGCCUCACUCAACCCCUCCACCUCUCUUCCUGGAUUCCUCGAUGCACCAGAUAACACAGCGCCCAUCUGUCCCCUUCGCUCCUUCAAUGGCGGCAGCACCAGUACUGCUGUUGCAGCGCCUGUUGCUGUGGCCACUUCAGCAGCUGCAGCAGCUUCAGUGCGCUGGCCCGCCCCUAGGCUGGCUCGGGAAGGGGAGCCCGUACCUGGAGUGCCGAGCCGAGUCGAAAGGCUCGGGCGGACGUCGUAUCAGAUUGUGCCAGCUCAGCAGCCGCCCUCUCGGCGGCGGGUGGAGGUGUGGGCGAUAAGAGAAGGGCUGCUGAAGACGAGGAAGGAUAAGCAUGUUGCUUACUCAAGAAGCAGAGGAGAGGAUAGGAGGGGGGUGAGCGUGGAAAGGGGAGAAAUAGCUGUGUCUGCUGGGGGUGCUGAAGCUGAACCUGAUACAGGUGCCCCUGGCAGCGCUGAUGCUGCUGAUGCUGCUGCUGCUGCUGCUGCUGCUGCUGCUGCUGCUGCUGCUGCUGCUGCUGCUGCUGCUGCUGCUGCUGCUGCUGCUGCUGCUGCUGCUGCUGCUGCUGCUGCUGCUGCUGCUGCUGCUGCUGCUGCUGCUGCUGCUGCUGCUGCUGCUGGUUGUGCUGGUUUUAUGGGUUCACCCAAACACGGUCUCCAAUGCAGUGCAAUACAACCAAGUGCAGAGCAGCAGGCAGACUUUGCCCUUGAUCCCAACACAGGCCAGUUGCUCGUUCAAGAGGCAGGUGUGAUGGGUGGGGGAGGAAGGAAGGCCGGCAAGGUCACCUUCAGCUCCAUGCCGCCUCCUCGCAUCCCCCCUUCUCUCCUCCGCAUGCCUACAGCCGCUGGGGCCGCUGCCAGUCCCACCACCACCAACCCUGCUGCUGCUGCUGCUGCUGCUGCUGCUGCUUCUGCUGCUGCUGCUGCCACCACCACUGCUUCUGCUGCUGCUACUUCUGCGCGUGCUGUUUCUGGACAGUCACCAAUAGGAAAAUCAUCUCUUUCUAUUGGAGAGUCCCCCCCUACACCUCCUUCUCCUGCUACCACCGGUCUGAACCCCUCUCAACCUUCACCCACUCUCCUCCAAUCACCCCCUCUCAUCCAAUCGCAACCCCCCACACAGAGUUUCCGACCUCCUCUUUCUCCCUUCACCUUGCCCCCUUCGCCUUCCUCUGCGUCUCCUGUUUCUCCAGAAUCGUAUCAUAUCCAAUCUAGCAGGAUCCCACGUGGAAUUUCAGGUGUUUCUAGGCCGUUCGGUGAUCCUGGUCCUGGUGUAUGGAAGGGGUAUGCUCUCCGCCAAUCAGGGGCUGCCAGGUGGCGAGAUUUCUCCCAGCUGACCCCAGCAACUCAGGCUGCGACUCCGGUCAGCCAAUCAGGAUUCAGGGAGAGUAAGAGUGGAAAGAAGGGGAGUGGAGAGAAGCACGUGGUGAGCAUGAGUGCAGAGGUGCUUGCGUGCACCAGAGGGGACUUGCUUCCUGACCCUGCACUAGACGCGCUGUGCUGUGUCGUUCUCGCCACUCAGGGGGAGGGGGAUGGGGAGGGGGAUGGGGAGGGGGAUGGGGAGGGGGAUGGGGAGGGGGAUGGGGAGGGGGAUGGGGAGGGGGAUGGGGAGGGGUACUGUGAAGGGGAGACAGAGGGGGAGGAGGCGGAGGAAGCGGAGGAGGGCGAGGGGAGGGAAGAGAGUGGGAGAGGGGAGGCAGCAGGGAGUGGUGGCGGGAGAGGGAGGGGACGAAUCAGGUUGAGGAGAGUUGGGGGGAGGGCACAGGUGGAUGUGUUGAUCCUGGAGGAGACCCCUUCGGACAUCUGCCGCAGGAACCCCGACGCCCCGGAGAGAGCGCAGCACCUGUGCUUCACCCAACCUGUGUCUUCUGCUCCGAUUCCUUCCCCGUCUUUCCACCUCAGGAACCCCGAUGCCCUCUCGUCCUGCCGCAUCCACCUGCUAUCAUCAGAAAGCGCUCUUCUCGAGGGAGUAGUAGCGGUAGUAAGAGAGUAUGACCCGGACAUACUGCUGGGGUGGGACGUGCAAGGGGUCUCCUGGGGGUGGCUGGCGGAGAGAGCGCAGCACCUGGGCUUCACCCAACCUGUGUCUUCUGCUCCGAUUCCUUCCCCGUCUUUCCACCUCAGGAGCCCCGACGCCCUCUCAUCCUGCCGCAUCCACUUAUUGUCCUCCGAAGUUGCUUUGUUACAGUGCCUGGUAGCAGUGGUGAGGGAGUAUGACCCGGACAUUCUACUGGGGUGGGAGGUGCAGGGGGGCUCCUGGGGGUGGCUGGCGGAGAGAGCGCAGCACCUGGGCUUUAACCUCCACAAAUCGCUCUCCAGAGUGCCGCCGCCUGUGCACGAUAUAUCAGCCUCCCCGUCAAUCCCUAUGGGUCCUUCCCAGUCGCCCUUUUCACCGCCUCUUGAUGCGCCUCUUCCCAAUGGCACCACUCUUGUUGCUGCCACUCCUGACGCUGCUCCACCUUACACCACCACUCCUGACGGCAGCUUAAAUGGGAAUAAAUCGAGGAAAAGUUGUGCUGAUGAUCCCACCACGUGGCCUCUCCUCAUCCCUGCCACGUCAGCAGCAGGAGGAGGUGGGACAACAGGUAAUGGUGGGAGCAGGAGGAUGGGGGAAAGGCAUGGGUUUGCAGGGCAACAGGGAAGUGGGGGUGAACGGCAAGUGGGAACAGGAGGGGCAAAUGGAGCAGGGGGGAUAGGAGGAGGGAGAACAGGAGAUGAAGGCGCAACAGGCGACGGCGAGAAGGAGAGGUGGAUGAGAAGGAGAGGGGAAGGGCGCGGGCGGGGGGAUGAUGACGCAAUUGUAGCAGACGAGUGGGGGAAAACGCAUGGCAGCGGCUUGCACGUGGGGGGGCGGAUCAUGAUCAACCUGUGGCGGGUCAUGCGGGCUGAGGUGAAGCUGCCGGUUUACUCGUUCCAUGCCGUGGUGCUUGCUGUGCUGAGGCGACACGUGGCGAAGUAUGAUUGGCGCACGCUGACUGGGUGGUGGAGGGCUGGUGGGGAAGGGAGAGGGGGAGGGGCAAGUGGAGCAGCAGAAGGAGGAGGGGGGGGUGGAGAGGAAGGAGCAUCAUCAGCAGCAGCAGCAGCACGAGCUGUUGCAGCAGCAGCGGCAGUGGGGAGGGUGCAGCGGUGGAGGUGCAUCGAGCAUUUUGUGGCGAGAGCGCGACUGAAUCUCGAAAUGAUGCGACACCUGGACGUGGUGAACCGCACAGCCGAGCUGGCGCGGGUGUUUGGAAUCGACUUCUUCUCGGUGUUAUCUCGCGGCUCCCAGUACCGAGUGGAGUCCAUGAUGCUGCGACUCGCACACUCCCAGAACUACCUGCUCAUCUCGCCCUCGCGCAUGCAGGUGUCCUCCCAGCCCGCCCCUGCAUGCAUACCCCUCGUCAUGGAGCCGGAGUGUCGCUACUACACCAGCCCCGUGGUGGUGCUUGACUUCCAAUCCCUCUACCCCUCCAUGCUCAUUGCCCACAACCUCUGCUUCUCCUCCUGCCUUGGCCGCAUCCCUCCCCCCUCCUCCUCUGCUGCUGCUGGUGCUGCUGCUGAUGGUGGUGAUGGUGGCGCUGCUCCUGCUGCUCCUACUGAUGGUGCACCUGCUGCCUGCGCUGGUGUUUCAACUGCUGCCACUGCUGCUGCGGCUGCUGCUGCGGCGGCUGCUUCUGUUGGUCCCAAUGGUGCUGCUACCUCUGCGACUGCUGCUGCAGCAGCAGCGGCUCAGAAAGCGUCUCUUGGAGGCAACUUUUAUCAGGGUGGCGAGGGGGAGAGGCAGUGGUGGGGGGAGGAGGAAAGGCCGCUGGGCGUGACGACCUAUCGCGUGCCGCCAGGUGUCGUGUCAUCAUUGAAGGACGACCUGUUGCUGCUGCCCAACGCAGUGAUAGGCGGUGGUGGGGGGAGCGAGACGUCAUUGAAGGACGACCUGCUGCUGCUGCCCAACGCAGUGAUGUAUGUCCCUAAAGGUGCGACCGGGUGUGUUGCCGUGGCUGUUAAAAGAAAUCCCAGCGACUCAAGUGAUGGUAAAGAAGGCGAUGAAAAAACGUUUCCCAGGAAAGCAGAGCCGGGUGCUGCACUGCGUGCUGAAAGCGCGGCAGUUUGCCCUCAAGCUCAUCGCCAACGUUACUUAUGGGUACACCGCAGCAUCAUUCUCACCCCCCCCCUCAAGCUCAUCGCCAAUGCCACCUACGGGUACGCCGCAGCCUCCUACUUCAAGGCAAUCCCGUCCCACCCUGCCACCCCUUCCCAACCCGUGUAUGCUCGCUCCUCCCCACUCCCCCAGGUGCGACCGGGUGCGACCGGGUGUGCUGCCACGGCUACUGAAAGAGAUCCUAGCAACCCGGGUGAUGAUGAAAAAGGCGAUGAAGAAGCUGCCACCAGGGAAGCAGAGCCGGGUGCUGCACCGCGUGCUGAACCCUUUUCUCUGUGUACGCUCUCCCCACUCCCCCAGGUGCGACCGGGUGUGCUGCCACGGCUACUGAAGGAGAUCCUAGCAACGAGGGUGAUGGUGAAGAAGGCGAUGAAGAAGCUCCCCCCGGGGAAGCAGAGCCGGGUGCUGCACCGGGUGCUGAACGCACGGCAGUUUGCCCUCAAGCUCAUCGCCAACGUUACUUAUGGGUACACUGCGGCGUCGUUCUCUCUAAGGCGUUCUCUAAGAACGGUGUUUGAGACGUCUCAUAAGAACGGCGUGCUGCCGCGGCUACUAAAGGAGAUCCUAGCAACCCGCGUGAUGGUAAAGAAGGCAAUGAAGCGACUCUCCUCAGGGGAUAGGAACACUCGAGUGCUGCACCGCGUGCUGAACGCACGGCAGUUUGCCGUCAAGCUCAUCGCCAACGUCACCUACGGUCACCUAUGGGUACACCGCGGCGUCGUUCCUAAAGGCAAUCCGCUCUCUCAUUUUUCAACCCCUCCCACCCCUUCCUUGCUUGCACGCUCUCCCCUUCACCAACACCAGGUGCGCCCAGGCGUGCUGCCACGACUGCUCAAGGAGAUACUAGCGACAAGGGUAAUGGUUAAAAAGGCGAUGAAAAAACUCCCUCCGGGGAAGCAGAGCCGAGUGCUGCACCGCGUGCUGAAUGCACGGCAGUUUGCCCUCAAGCUCAUCGCCAACGUCACCUACGGAUACACUGCGGCGUCUUUCUCUGGCCGCAUGCCCAUGGCUGAGCUGGCCGACAGCAUCGUCCAGGCAGGGCGAACAACACUGGAGAGGGCGAUAGCUCUGGUGAACAGCCAUCCAUUGUGGAAUGCUCGGGUGGUCUAUGGUGACACUGACAGCAUGUUUGUUCUUUUGGAAGGCAGAACCAGAGAUCAGGCCUUCACAAUCGGCAAUGAAAUCGUUGCGGCGGUAACCGCGCUCUCCCCGGCCCCGGUGGCUCUGAAGCUAGAGAAGGUGUACCACCCGUGUGUGCUGCAGACCAAGAAGCGAUACGUGGGGCUCGCGUACGAAUCCCCUGCUGCCACGUGUCCCCCUGUGUUUGAUGCCAAGGGGAUCGAGACGGUCAGGCGGGACGGCUGUCCUGCCGUGAGCAAGCUAUUGGAGAAAUCCCUCAAAAUUCUGUUCUCCACCAACGAUUUGUCUCGGGCGCGAUCCUACCUAGUGCGCCAGUGGCAGCGCAUGCUGCAAAGCCGGGUGUCCCCGCAAGACUUCAUCUUUGCCCAGGAUGUGCGUUCGUACUUAAUGAGGCAGUGGCAGCGCAUGCUACAGGGCCGCGUGUCCCUGCAAGACUUUAUCUUCGCCCAGGAGGUGCGGUCAUACCUUGUGAGGCAGUGGCAGCGCAUGCUGCAGGGCCGAGUAUCCCUGCAAGACUUUAUUUUCGCACAGGAGGUUCGCCUGGGCACCUACAGCACCAACCCUCGCGCGCUCCUCCCCCCCGCAGCCAUCGUGGCCACCAAAGCCAUGCAGAGAGACUCCCGUGCCGAGCCAAAAUACAAGGAGCGGGUUCAGUAUGUGAUAGUGUGCGGUGACCCUGGGUCCAGACUGGUUGAUUUGGUGGUGGAGCCUCGCGUGGCGGUAGAUUCGCAGUGUCUCCGGCUGAAUGUGGGGUAUUAUAUCACGAGGAAAGUGAUUCCUGCGCUGCAUCGGGUGUUUGCGCUGGUGGGGACACGUGUCGCGUCGUGGUUUGCUGAGCUGCCGCUGUCGCAGCGGGUCGGGCUGGGGAAGCAGCCCCUGCUGACAUCUGCUUUGACUGCGGUGCAUUUCCCGAAACAAGCCAAGGCGGAGGCAAUACUGUGGGAGCUGGUGUCACUGAAGCGCGUACUAGCAGAGUCAUCCCCAGGAGCCCUCUCUGCUUACAGCGACACCGGGGAUCCGUGCAGUGGAGCAUGGGGGGACAGGGUAACAUGCAACGAGGCGGGUCAGAUCGUGGCUCUAAACUUCACAGCGGAGGGGCUUACAGGGGCCCUUCCAGGCAAGGAGCUGUCGAGAUUCCGCACCCUACAAAGCCUUGAUUUCCGCCAGAACAGUUUUACGGGUAAAAUACCCCCGGAAUUGGCGUCACUAACCUCCCUAACUUAUCUGUCUCUGGCGUUUAACAACCUCACAGGCAAAGUCCCCUCAUGGCUCGGUCUCUCCUUCCUCUACCUCGUCGAGUUGUAA